UGCGUCACUGGCGGCGGCGCAUCAUUACUAUGCGGCCUUAUUAGCAUAAUGAGCUAGGCCCUCGGUGUAUAGUGAGCUGUAGUGUGUGUUUAUUCGGGCCAAGUAUACGUGUGAGCAACGGAGGAGGGGGCGCACAGGCCGGAGCGGGAUGGGAGACAGGCGGGGUGAGUUUCCCGGGGGAACCCGUUCGUAUCUAACCGGGAGCUGGGACAGGGUGUGCCAGAGCCCGGAUACCUCUUCUCUUAGCCCUCCAUUAAGCCGCUCCCUCAGUGUCACCCCUCCUCCCCCAUCUGUACCUCUGCACCCCUCCAUGAUUGGAUCUGCAAUGACUUCCUCGGUCAACUCUCCCCUUGGGAGUCUUGGAUCUCCCUUCCCAGUCAUCAACUGCUCAGUAGGGUCCCCUGGUAUCCCUGGAACUCCAUCUAUUGGAUACGGACCUGUUAGCAGCCCACAGAUAAAUUCCACUGUGAAUCUCUCUGGUCUUCAUACCAUCAAUUCAUCUGAAGAUGUAAAGCCUCCUCUAGGUAUGAGGGGGCUACCAGGACAUCCCAAUGGCGGAGGAGGCAGUGGAAAGAAACUGUGUGCUAUCUGUGGUGACAGGUCUUCAGGCAAACACUAUGGUGUCUAUAGCUGCGAAGGAUGCAAAGGAUUCUUUAAACGCACUAUCCGGAAGGAUCUGACGUACACCUGCAGAGACAACAAGGACUGUAUUGUAGACAAGAGACAGAGAAACCGCUGCCAGUACUGCCGAUAUCAGAAGUGCCUGGCUACAGGCAUGAAGCGCGAAGGUAGUACUUGUCAUUUAUCUGUGCAAGAGGAGCGUCAGAGAGGGAGGGAACGUGACGGCGAGGCAGAGUACAGUGGUGCAAUAAAUGAGGAGAUGCCCGUGGAGAAAAUCCUCGAGGCCGAACUGGCUGUUGAGCAGAAGAGUGACCAGAGCCUCGAAGGGGGCGGAUCUCCCAGUGACCCAGUCACUAACAUCUGUCAGGCCGCCGACAAACAGCUCUUCACGCUUGUUGAGUGGGCCAAGAGAAUCCCUCACUUCUCCGAGCUGCUGCUGGAUGAUCAGGUUAUUCUCCUCCGAGCUGGAUGGAAUGAACUCUUGAUUGCUUCAUUCUCUCAUCGCUCGAUCUCUGUUAAAGAUGGGAUUUUAUUGGCCACUGGGCUUCAUGUUCAUCGCAACAGUGCUCACAGCGCAGGAGUGGGGGCCAUAUUUGACAGGGUCCUGACAGAACUGGUAUCAAAGAUGCGAGAUAUGCGCAUGGAUAAAACUGAACUGGGAUGUCUCCGAGCGAUCAUCUUGUUUAAUCCAGAUGCCAAGGGAUUGUCAAACCCCGGUGACGUGGAGGUUCUGAGGGAGAAAGUUUAUGCAUCAUUGGAAUCCUAUUGUAAACAGAAAUACCCGGAUCAGCAGGGAAGGUUUGCUAAACUACUCCUUCGAUUACCAGCCCUGCGCUCCAUUGGUCUCAAGUGUCUUGAACACCUCUUCUUCUUUAAACUCAUUGGAGACACUCCAAUAGAUACCUUUCUGAUGGAGAUGUUGGAGGCACCUCAUCAGCUCUCUUGAAAGACUGGUCAAUGACUGCUGAUGCUUCGCCCCUGGAGAAUGCGCCUGGUACAUACUCCAACAUACCGCUUUCUUAUGGGAUGCUAGAGAGGCCCCAGCAGCUGGCGUGAGACUUCUCCUGUGUGCCUGAAUGGCACAAUUCUUGCUAAACCUUCCUAAGAAACAGCUUCAUUAUUAAGACCAUAUAGAUGCACCUUUAAAGCCUAUGAGGCCACCAAAGACUCUUCUUCUGGAGAGAGACAGCUGCUGUUAGGCCUCCAUGGAGCAAGAGACAGCUUUCUCAUGGAAAUGCCAGUUCGCCAGAGAUUUUUCGUUUUGUUUUUAUGAGAUCCCCUAUGCAAUAAGUUUGAUUUAAGGUCCUUUUGUGAUUAUAGCGUAUUUAGACUCAUGGACAACGCUGCUUAUUUUUCCUUCUUUUUUUCAAAAGAGACCUUAACAUGCAUAGAUGCACCUCUGCAGUCUCAGUCUGUCUUUGUUUGGCCCCAAAGAGACAACUUGUAUUAGCGAGACACUCUUCUGAGAGAGUCGGACUCCAUGAUGGAGAGAGAACGUUUCCCAAUGAAAGAUAUGGCUGACUCUUAACUGAGGUGGAUAAAACUAGACUGCUUUAAUGUAUACGAGAGUUGACAUGAUUGGAGGGGGGGAGGUGGGACUGGUGUCUGAAAUCAGAUAACAUGUAAUGAGCUCUAAAUUAGUUAUAUUGAUCAAUUGAUAUAUGAUCCUGUGAUUUUUAUCCUCCCACUCCAAGAUUUUAUAGGGGUCAUAUUAAAUUACUGCACUUGUUAGGAUAAAGGGGGGAGCGCUUUGGGCUUUGAUUGUAUUUAGAGGGUCACCUCUGUAUUUGUUUUGGGAUUCACUCUAACAUUUGGGGUGUUAAAUAACUGAUCUAAUUUGAUGGAUUCCAUGGGUGAAAAGGAGGUGGGGGGUCUUUGUUAUCCUGUAUAUUUUUGGGGAGUGUCCUAAGCAUUGGGUUGAUGCUGCCAUUUUUGGAGAUCAGCAUCCCCGUCCCCCCCUCGAAAGGGUGCUCAUGUUAUGUAGGAUACAUUGUAUUAGGGAAUUGAAGCCUGUUUCAAUGUCCUGUUACAGCACCUAGUUUUUAAAAAAAAAAAAUUGUUUUUAAUUUCCCUGGUGGGGGUGGAAUGAUGCAUCCUUUGAGUGGGAGGAGGUAUGUAUGGGGGGUUGGGAGUGUGCAUUGGAUUUUAUGAUGGUUUUUCUUAAAAUGUAUCUGCUGCUAAAAAUGUUUUAUACUUGUCAUCUUAUUCUUAACUGUUUUUAUCGUUGACCUGUUUCUUCCCUCUGUUUGGCACUGUUCUAUUGUACAUGUUGUCAGGUUUUUUUUUGUAGAGUCGCCUUUCUGUGUUUUCUUCCACAUAUAAAUGUCGCCUCACAUGCCUGCAGUUCAGAGAACAGAUCUCCACAUAUCCAUCUCACCCACACUAUGCUAUAGACACUCAGUAAAAGGCAGCCCCUCUGGGGAAGGAUCGUUGGUUGAGACUUCUCGCCACACUGCCCAGUCCACUAUGCGCUCCUCCAUUAUUCCUGUUGCUUGGAAUGAACAUUAAAAAAAGAUUUAGCUCAA